AGUAGUGUGCGCAAACUUUUACUUUUACUUUUGAGCAGACGAUGCGGUUCGUUUCUCAUCUUCGUAGUAAAAGUAGAUUGAUUGCCUGAAGUUUUUUAUGAACCCACAGCACGAGUAGCACCUGCAGUAAUGUGACUGUAACAGUUCAAUGUCAGAACAUUUGCCUGUAACAGGUUAACGAGGCGAGUUGACGAGUUGUUUGUUAGCCGUGAAGCUAACUGGAGCUAGCUGUGACAGGUGAGUCAGAAUGACUGAGAACGACGUGGACAGCGAUCUUCUGAACGAGGUGGAGGCCGGGGGUGUCGGGGGUACAGGUGAAAGGUUGGUGAGGAAGGAGGGGGUGAAGGGUUCCUCUGUGUCCAUCCACUCCUCUGGAUUCAGAGACUUCCUGCUCAAACCUGAACUUCUCAGAGCCAUUGUGGACUGCGGCUUCGAGCAUCCGACUGAGCUGCAGCACGAAUGCAUCCCUCAGGCGAUCCGUGGGAUGGAUGUUCUCUGUCAGGCCAAACCUGGGAUGGGGAAGACUGCCUUGUUUGUUUUGGCCACACUGCAACAGCUGGAGCCCGUCACUGGACAGGUUUCUGUCCUGGUCAUGUGUCCCACCAAACAGCUGGCCUUUCAGAUCAGCAAAGAGUACAAGAGGUUUUCAAAGUUCAUGCCCACCGUGAAGGUGGCGGUUUUCGUCGGAGGUUUGUCGAAAAAGAAAGACAUGGAGGUGUUCAAGAGGGGCAGUCCUCACAUUGUGGUGGGGACGCCGGGCAGAACGCAUGCUCUGAUUCGAAGCCAGACCCUGAACCCGAGACACGUCAAACAUUUCAUCCUGGACGAGUGCGACAAGAUGGUCCGACAGCUCGACAUUCUCAGAGACGUCCAGGAGAUUUUCCAUAAGACCCCCAAUGAGAAGCAGGUCAUGAUGUUCAGCGCCACCCUGAAAAAAGAGAUCCGCCCUGUGUGCACAAAGUUAAUGAAAAAUAUGGAAAUCUCUCUGGUCGAUGAGACGAAGCUGAAUCUGCACGGGCUGCAGCAGUACUACGUCAAGCUGAAGGACAACGAGAAGAACAGGAAGCUGUUCGACCUGCUCGACACUCUCAAGUUCAACCAGGCGGUGGUCUUUGUGAAGUCGGUGCAGAGGUGUGUCGCUCUGGCUCAGCUGCUGGUCGAGCAGAACUUUCCGACCAUCGCCGUCCACAGAGGGAUGCCUCAGGAGGAGCGUCUGUCUCGGUAUCAGCAGUUCAAAGACUCCCAGAGGACAAUCCUGGUGGAAACAAACCUGUUUGGACUAGGGAUGGACAUCGAAGGAGUCAACAUCGCCUUCAACUACGACAUUCCAGAAGACUCGGACACGUACCUGCACAGGGUCGCCUGUGCAGGUCGAUUCGGCAAGAAGGGUCUGGCCAUCACGUUUGUGUCCGAUGAAGGAGACGCUCGAACGCUCAAGAACGUGCAGGACCGCUUUGAGGUGAACAUCAGCGAGCUGCCGGACCAGAUCGACAUCUCCUCCUACAACGCGCUGCAGCUCUUCUGACUGUGUGUUUGUACUUUCACUCUGACGUCGGAUGAUGCUGGCCAUCUUCAUCUACCCGGCCUGCCUCACCGUUAACGUUUCCAGACGAUUUUCACAAUUGCCUUUGUUGAAGGUUGAAAGUUGUGUUGCAGCUCCCCCUGUAGGAGAAACCAGGAACUGUGACUGUUUAUAAUAUAUGUUUUUUCAUAUAAAGGGGGACAUAUUGUGAAAAAUCCACUUUCACAGUGUUUCUGAGCAUAUAUUUGGGUAACCUGAGUGUCUACUGACCCACAAAAUGUGAAAUAAAUCCAUCCAGUCCUUUGUUUGUGGUCUGCAUAAGUCUUACAACACAGAGAAAAAUGCUCUGUUUCAAAUUUGCUCUCCUUGUGAUGUCACAGUGGGAUUCUGGUUAAAAAAAAAAUCACCUCCCCUCCCCUGGUAUCUCCACCCAUGGACUCCACCCCCAGCCUAGAACAAAACUUUUUCACAGGUCUGCAAUUUUUAUUCUCGCUAGCGAAGGAGAGAUGUCUACGGGGGAAAACUCAGGGGGGGCUCAUUGCAUUUAAAGAGACACACACACCAAAAUGGAGCGUUCUGAGAGAGCUGGUUUAUACAGGGUCACAAACCUCCUCUGGUGCUUGAUUCAUGUUAUAUUUUGACCAAAGGACAGCAAAGAUGUUUCAUUUAGACCACGGGACUGUUUGAAAAGGUGGAGAAGGGGGGAUAAUAUGUCCUCUUUAAGUUCAUUAUAUCAGUAUUUUUAUAUAUAUAUAUAUAUUUAUUUUUAUAAACUGUUCACUGUGUGGAUUAAUAAAUCUGUUUUUUGCCUGAUAA